AUGGAGGAGUCCAGUGAGCCCCAGUUGGAUGCUAAGUCCACGGUCACCAACCAGCUCAUAGAUUUUCAGUGGAAGCUGGGUAUGGCUGUCAGCUCCGACAGUUGCAGAUCUCUUAAGUAUCCUUAUGUUGCAGUGAUGCUCAAAGUGGCAGAUCAUUCAGGCCAAGUGAAGAACAAGUCCUUUGAAAUGACAAUCCCACAGUUUCAGAAUUUCUACAGACAAUUCAAGGAAAUUGCUGCAAUUAUUGAAACUGUGUGAAAACUGAUUCUAAA